AGGCGGGACGACGGGGCACAGAUUCGUAGACAGCAUUUUUAAUUGGAAGAAACCAUUUCUGUCAUUUUAGUUCAGCGUGACAGAGAGGUGGUGUGUUUCAGUAACCAAUAAGAACCACGGAAACAGAAGCCCGAUGGCCUGGGCCCGGCAAGUUCCCGGAGCGCUCUGCGUCUGGCUCGUCUCUUCGGCGCAGUGCAGACACGGUGCAGUGAAUUUCAUUGAGCCAUCCUGAUUUUCAGCCCUUCAUCAACUUGGUUAAGCAAGACAGAUUUAUACCCAGCCAUCACCUCGCAAAAUGAAGCAACAGCUAACCUUCCCUAGAGCCAAAGGGCUUUCUGGAAUGCAGUAAAAGAAAAAUAACCCCAGGAAGAGCUUGAAGAAAUUUAUGAACAAUGCAACAGAUCAUUUAGAGGAACCCUUCGUGGUGCUGUGAGAGACGAGCCGAAGAAUCAUGUCCACGAUUGCAGCUUUCUACGAGGGCAAGUCCAUUCUCAUCACCGGGGCCACCGGCUUUCUGGGCAAGGUCUUGAUGGAAAAGCUGUUUCGCACCUGCCCCGGCCUGAAAGUCAUUUAUAUCCUUGUGAGACCCAAGGCUGGCCACACACUGCAGCAGAGGGUUGUCCAGAUCUUAAACAGUAAGCUGUUUGAGAAAGUCAAAGAAGUCUGUCCAAAUGUGCAUGAGAAGAUCAGAGCCAUCAAAUCAGACCUCAACCACAGUGACCUGGCCAUCAGCAAGGAGGACAUGCAGGAGCUCCUGUCCUGCACAGACAUCAUCUUCCACUGUGCUGCCACCGUGCGCUUUGAUGACCAUCUGAGACAUGCUGUGCAACUUAAUGUCAUCGCCACCCAGAAGCUCUUGCUCAUGGCCAGUCAGAUGCCAAAGCUCAAAGCCUUCAUACACCUCUCUACUGCCUUCUCCAACUGUAACCUGAAGCACAUCGACGAAGUUGUCUAUCCGUGCCCGGUGGAGCCAAAAAAAAUCAUCGACUCGAUGGAAUGGCUAGACGAUGCUAUUAUCGACGAGAUCACACCCAAGCUGAUCGGGGACUGGCCCAACACUUACACCUACUCCAAGGCCUUGGGAGAGACGGUGGUGCACCAGGAGAGCGGGCGCCUCAACACUGCCAUCGUGCGGCCGUCCAUCGUGGGCGCAACCUGGCAGGAGCCUUUCCCAGGUUGGGUUGAUAACACAAAUGGACCCAGUGGUCUCAUUAUUGCGACUGGGAAAGGGUUUCUCCGUGGCCUGAGAGCUACCCCCAUGGCUGUGGCGGAUAUGAUUCCAGUUGAUACAGUCGUCAAUCUCACCCUGGCCGUCGGAUGGUACACAGCCGUUCACAGACCUAAGUCAUCGCUAGUCUACCACUGCACGUCCGGUAACUUGAACCCCUGUUACUGGGGCAAAAUAGGAUUCCAAGUCUUGGCAGUCUUCGAAAAAGUUCCAUUUGAGAAAGCUUUCAGGAGGCCAAAUGCUGGCCUCACAGUCAACACCAUCACAUCCCAGUACUGGAAUGCCAUCAACCACUGGGCCCCCGUCAUCCUCUAUGACUUCUACCUGCGACUCACAGGAAGGAAGCCCAGGAUGACAAAGCUCAUGAAUCGGAUUUUAAAAAUGGUUUCCAUGCUGGAGUAUUUCAUCAACCGGAGUUGGGAAUGGAGCACAGACAAUACAGAAAUGCUGAUGUCCACGCUGACUCCUGAAGACCAGAGGAUAUUUAACUUUGAUGUGCGCCAAUUGAACUGGUUGGAUUACAUUGAAAAUUAUGUCUUAGGAAUUAAGAAGUACUUAUUGAAAGAGGAUAUGGCUGGGGUCCCAGAAGCAAAGCAACACUUAAAAAGGCUCCGAAAUAUUCACUACCUCUUUAACACUGCCCUCUUCCUCAUCGCCUGGCGCCUUCUCAUUGCAAGAUCCCAGGUGGCUCGGAACGUCUGGUUCUUCAUCGUGAGCUUCUGCUACAAAUGCCUCUCCUACUUUAGGGCAUCCAGCCCACUCAAGGUCUAAGAACAUUUGGCAACUUCAUUUAUCUGGCACCUCUCAGAUACCUCUAGAACAGCAAAUUGUGGUUCUCAAGAAUAAGAAGUGACAAAGAAUUUGCCAACCUCAUUACCUGUCAAAUGUGCUGUCAUGUAUCCAUCCCUAUUUCUUAACUGUCUUCUUUUUAUUACAGUGAGAGGAGGAAAGUCAUAUCCUAGCCUAUAAUCAUACAUAUUUUAGGGAAAAAAUUUCCAUAUUGUUUCCUAACACUCUAGUCUAUGCCCCUGAAUAUAAAACACCAAAGU